UUUUUUUUUUCCUAAGUAACAUUAUUUACUCUUAUGACCACCUCCUCCAGUGCAAUACCUACAAACCAAAAUCUUGACGAUGUUUUACUUGAACCUUACCAAUAUUUAUUGACUCAUCCUGGAAAAGAUAUUCGAUCAAAAUUGAUAUCCGCCUUUGAAAUAUGGCUCAAAGUUCCUUCUGAUACCUUACAUAUUAUUACCAAAGUCAUUGAAAUGCUUCAUAAUGCUAGUUUAAUGAUUGAUGAUGUUCAAGAUGGUUCUGAUUUAAGAAGAUCAGUUCCAGUAGCUCAUCAUAUCUAUGGUGUACCUCAAACUAUCAACUGUGCAAAUUAUGUCUAUUUCUUGGCCUUACAACAAAUUUUACAACUCAAUAAUCCACAUAUGGUCACUAUAUACACUGAAGAAUUGAUUAAUUUACAUCAAGGGCAAGGACUUGAAUUAUUUUGGAGGGAUUCUUUAACUUGUCCUACUGAAGAUGAAUAUAUUGAUAUGGUCAACAAUAAAACAAGUGGUUUAUUACGAUUAGCAGUGCGAUUGAUGCAAGCAGCCAGUGAUAGUGAUAUUGAUUAUACACCUUUGGUGAAUAUGAUUGGUAUAUACUAUCAAGUACGUGAUGAUUAUAUGAAUCUUCAAUCUGACAAGUAUACAGAAAAUAAAGGAUUUUGUGAAGAUUUGACUGAAGGCAAAAUGUCAUUUCCUAUUAUUCAUGCAAUUCGAGCAGAUGUUAGCAAUCGACAACUGAUGAAUAUUAUUAGUCAAAAGCCGACAGCAGUGGAAGUCAAAUUAUAUGCUUUGGAAAUCAUCAAACGAACAGGUAGUUUUGAAUAUGUACGUGAAUUUAUGAAGAAAAAGGAAAAUGAAGCACGUCAAGAAAUAGCUCGAUUAGGUGGGAACCCUAUAUUGGAAAAAUUGUUAGAUGCUCUUAGUGUAUAGUUUUUUUUGUCCAAUAAAAUAAUUCUUUUUUUUAAUUA